CACGUGCGGUUGUCAUCGCGCGCUCGCAUUGGCUCGCAUCAAUGUGGCAGUCCACGAGUCUGAGAAACGAAUACGCUGCGUUUUACCAGAACCAGCGUGUCCUUGAACAAGUUGUCCUGAACACUGAAGUUUUAGUCCCAUCAUGAUCAAGUCUGGCGUCAUUCUUCUUGUUUUGGCUACUUCUGCGCUGGCACUCCCCACCCGUUUCAUGGAUACCUUAUUACAGUCCAUCUUCGGGACUACGUUAGAUCUUCCCAAAGCUGAGAUUGGUUGGACCGAUCCACGUCUCAAUGGUGGACGGUUUCUAGACUUCACGACACCUAAAUACGGGGAACCGCUAAAUGUUAUCAUAUCUAACCAGUCAGAUCCCUUUAUUUUGACGGAUGCUGGCUUUCGUCUGUAUUACAAGUCCAUCGGGUUUUCCGAGGAGUGUUUAGGGCUCCAUUAUGGUCAUAUCCACACGGCAGACCUCGGUGACGGCGACGAGAAGAAAUCUGAGCAUAUUCUAGCAAGGCAACACUACUUCCCUAUGUGGGGAACAUGCUGGGAAAGUAUAGCAGGAGGAAACCACUUCCGCGCUUGGAAGCAGAAUGGCUCAGAAAUCGACACGGGAGCGUGGUUUUUGGCUGUCUCCAAGGAAAUGGAUUCCACUAAAAACCAUAUGAUAAUUCCGGACGGAUAUAACAUCGGUCGUGAUUUACUUGUCGAAGCUGCCGCAUCAGUCAGUCAUUGGAAUGGCAGGUGGUGGCAAGCUGAUGUGGAGUGGCGAAGAGGUCUUCUCGAACCAGGACACACAGGAAUCAAUCAUGCCAUUGCACAAGAUGGGCGCAUUGCGAUCUUGACCGUCAAUCGACUAUAAUUGUCGCAUUAUAUUCAAUUUGUCUAUUGUUGUCAGUUUGGACAAUGGGGUUGGUGUUGUAUUAUAUACCGUGUGUAUGGGACGUUACCCUGUUAUUUACAUUGUACGCAUGUCUAUAGUUUCUGUCGCUAGUACAUAUCCUUAUUGUCAUGCCUACCCCUGACGAUCG